AUGAAUAAUCAAAAUAACAUUGUCCUUAUUAAUUUAAAAAAUUAUGAAUGUAAAUAUAAUAAUCAAGAGGUCAAACAAAAUGUGCGAAAUAAUGCAAAAAAGGUUCGAGAGAUAUUUCUUAAAAACUUGACAAAUGAAGAAAGAAAUCAAAGUUUCAAUAAUUAUGAACAAAAUAAAACCGAAAAUUAUCAACAAGACAUACAAAAUGAAAAAAACAUAUUUGGAUAUAAAGAUUAUUUAUAUACAAAUUUGAUAAGACAAUUGUAUUUAUUCCUAUCCUCAAUGGGUGUCAAUAAAAGACCUAUAAAUGAGAAUAAUGUAAAUAACAAAAUCGAUAAUAGUUAUCAAGAAAAUUGUCAAAAUCAUUUUAAUUUCAACAAAAUGUAUAAAUAUACAUAUAAUUAUAAGAAGAUGAUGAAGGAUGAUGUUAUAAAAUCAUUAAAAAAAUAUAAUAUAAAUAAAUUUGAUGAAAAUUUAGAAUUUUAUACAUACACUUUUAGUAAUAAAAAUAGUGAAAAUUUCAAAAGGGAUUAUGACAAAACCAAUUUUAAUAUAUGUAUAUAUUUACCUACAAAAAAAGAAAUUGAUAUAUUAUUUAUUAUAGACAUAUUAUAUGAUUAUUUUUAUUUUUAUUUAUAUAUACCUAUAACAACAAAAGAAAAUAAAUUAAUUUUUUUCCCAUUUUGUUUUGAAAAUAAUAUAAUAAUAAAACAUAAUUUUAAUAUUUUUGUCCCAUAUCUUUAUAUAUAUAAAAAUAAAUAUAUGGAACAAAACUCUAUAAAAUUUAAUUUGAAUUCUUUAAAUAUAAUAACAGAUAAAAUAUUUGAUUUACAAUUUCAAGAAAAUAAAACUAUUUUUUUUAUUCCUUUAAUUGCUUAUAAUAAAUAUGGAUGUAGAAUUGGUAGUGGAAAAGGAUAUUAUGAUAGGACAUUUAUAAGUCUAUAUAAAAAAGCAAAAAUCAAUGAUGAAAAAAAAAAUCAAUCCAUAAACCAAAUAACUAAUGCAACAAACUCAUACAAAGAAAGUGAGACAAACAAUUUAAAAGAAAACAAAAAUAAUGAAACUGAAAAAAAUAUUCAAAAUAUACUUAUUAAAAAAAACAAAAUAACAGAUCAUGUAAAAGUUAGUGUAUCAUUUGAAAUAUUUUUAUAUGACGUUGAUUUUAAUGAACCAACUGAUAUUAUAUUAGAUUAUAUAAUAAAUGAAAAAAAUAUUUAUAAAUUUUUAUUAUGA